AUGAAGGUAACAGAGAAGAACGCUGAUCCUGAAGUAAAUCUACUUUUCUACCUGAGGAAAGUCCUCCAUCUCACAGGCACUAAAUAUGCCUGUGGAGGAGGAGGCUGCGGGGCCUGCACAGUGAUGGUGUCAAGAUACAACCCCAAGACCAAGAAGAUCCACCACUAUCCAGCCACAGCCUGCCUGCUGCCCAUCUGCUCUCUGUAUGGGGCUGCUGUCACCACAGUGGAAGGUGUGGGAAGCAUCAAAACCAGGAUUCACCCCGUGCAGGAAAGACUGGCCAAGUGUCAUGGCACCCAGUGUGGAUUCUGCAGCCCAGGGAUGGUGAUGUCCCUCUACACUCUGCUGAGGAACCACCCAGAGCCGACCCCUGAGCAGAUAAUGGAAGCUCUUGCAGGUAAUUUGUGCCGCUGCACUGGAUACCGACCAAUCAUAGAAAGUGGAAAAACUUUCUGCGUGGAAUCAACUGUUUGUCAAAUGAAAGGAUCAGGAAAAUGUUGCAUGGAUCAAGAAGAGAGGUCUUUUGUGAAUCGACAGGAAAAGAUAUGUACCAAACUGUAUAAUGAAGAUGAAUUCCAGCCCUUGGAUCCAACCCAGGAGCCUAUAUUCCCUCCUGAGCUGAUAAGAAUGGCAGAAAACCCAAAGAAGAGGAGGCUGACAUUCCAAGGAGAGAGGACUACCUGGAUCACCCCAGUGACCCUGGAUGACCUUCUGGAGCAGAGAGCUAAUUACCCCAAAGCCCCACUCAUCAUGGGGAACACUGCAGUGGGACCCAGGAUUAAAUUCACAGAUGAAUUCCAUCCGGUUUUCAUAUCUCCUCUUGGGCUGCCAGAACUACAUUUUGUGAACCCCACAGAUGAUGGGGUUACAAUAGGUGCGGGAUACAGCCUGGCCCAGUUGAAUGAUGCCUUACAUUUUAUUGUUUCGGAGCAACCAAAAGAGAAGACAAAGACUUUUCGUGCUCUCCUGAAGCAUCUGAGGACACUUGCAGGAGCCCAGAUUAAGAAUAUGGCCACUUUAGGAGGACAUGUGGUGAGCCGGCCGAAUUAUUCUGACCUAAAUCCCAUUUUAGCAGCAGGAAAUGCUACCAUCAAUCUAGGAUCUAAAGGUAAGAGACCACACUUCAGGCAUUCUGGUCCGUGGUGGGAGGAUUUAAUCCCCACCCCCCAAGCAGACUACGGAGAUAGGCACUAAACAUUCUGAGUGUUUUUCUAUCUUCAGUGGCACUUUGUGUCAGGACUCCGGCUGGCCCAACGUCAGGAGAAUGCCUUUGCCAUUGUCAAUGCCGGGAUGAGUGUGAAGUUUGAAGACGGCACAAACACAGUCAAGGACCUUCAAAUGUUCUAUGGAAGCGUUGGCCCCACCGUUUUCUCUGCAAGCCAAACCUGCAAGCAGCUCAUUGGAAGGCAGUGGGAUGACCAAAUGCUGAGCGACGCCUGCCGAUUGGUCCUGGAUGAGAUCUACAUCCCACCAGCAGCUCGGGGUGGCAUGGUGGAAUACAGGCGAACCCUCAUCACCAGCUUACUCUUCAAAUUCUACCUCAAAGUACAGCGAGGCCUGAAUAAAAUGAAUCCCAAGAAGUUUCCUGAUAUCCCAGAAAAGUUUGUGAGUGCUCUAGAAGAUUUUCCCAUAGAAACACCCCAAGGAAUUCAGAUGUUCCAGUGUGUGGAUCCCUACCAGUCCCCACAAGAUCCAGUUGGACACCCAGUCAUGCACCAAUCAGCCAUUAAACACGCCACAGGGGAAGCUGUAUUUAUUGAUGACAUGCCCCCCAUUGAUCAAGAACUCUUCCUGGCUGUAGUCACCAGCACCAGAGCUCAUGCAAAGAUCAUAUCAAUUGAUAUUUCAGAAGCCCUGGCACUUCCAGGUGUGGUGGAUGUAAUAACAGCAGAGGAUGUUCCAGGAGAUAAUAACCAUCAUGGAGAGAUUAUAUAUGCACAGAACGAGGUAAUUUGCGUGGGUCAGAUCAUCUGCACGGUGGCUGCUGAUACCUACGCUCAUGCAAAAGAGGCAGCUAAAAAAGUGAAGAUCACUUAUGAAGACAUAAAACCGAUGAUUAUCACAAUAAAGCAAGCUAUGGAGCACAAUUCUUUUCUUACUGUUGAGAAAAAAAUCGAGCAAGGAAAUAUAGAGCAAGCCUUUAAAUACGUUGAUCAAAUCAUUGAAGGUGAGGUCCAUGUGGAAGGACAGGAACAUUUUUACAUGGAAACGCAAACCAUCCUGGCUAUCCCAAAAGGAGAAGAUAAAGAAAUGGUAUUACACCUUGGAACACAGUUUCCAACUCAUGUGCAGGAAUAUGUGGCUGCAGCACUAAAUGUCCCAAGGAGUAGAAUCACCUGCCACAUGAAAAGAGCUGGAGGAGCAUUUGGGGGGAAAGUAACCAAGCCUGCUCUGCUAGGAGCUGUCAGUGCUGUGGCCGCCAACAAGACUGGCCGCCCAAUCCGGUUUAUCCUGGAGCGUGGUAAUGACAUGCUAAUAACUGCUGGCCGCCACCCACUCCUCGGAAAAUACAAAAUUGGAUUCAUGAACAAUGGUGUGAUCAAAGCUGCUGAUGUUGAAUAUUACACCAAUGGCGGGUGCACCCCUGAUGAGUCUGAGCUGGUGAUAGAGUUCAUUGUGCUGAAAUCUGAAAAUGCAUAUUAUAUUCCUAAUUUCCGGUGCCGGGGUAGAGCUUGCAAAACAAAUUUGCCAUCCAACACUGCCUUCCGAGGAUUUGGCUUCCCUCAGGCUACAGUGGUAGUCGAAGCUUACAUAACAGCUGUGGCAUCUCAAUGUAACUUACUCCCUGAAGAGGUUAAAGAAAUAAACAUGUAUAAGAGAGUUAGCAAAACAGCCCAUAAGCAGAUGUUUAAUCCAGAGCCCUUGCAAAGGUGCUGGAGAGAAUGUCUGGAGAAAUCUUCAUUCCGUGCUAGGAGACUGGCUGCAGAGGAAUUUAACACAAAGAAUUACUGGAAGAAGAGGGGGCUUGCUAUAGUCCCCAUGAAAUUUACCAUUGGGAUCCCCAUGGCCUACUACAAUCAGGCGGCCGCAUUGGUCCACAUCUACCUAGAUGGUUCUGUCUUGGUGACUCAUGGUGGCUGUGAACUGGGACAAGGCCUGAACACCAAAAUGAUUCAGGUGGCUAGCCGAGAACUGAACAUCCCCCAGUCGUAUGUGCACCUGUCUGAAACAAGCACAAUCACGGUGCCCAAUGCUGUCUUCACGGCGGGGUCGAUGGGGAUCUUCACGGCGGGGGCGAUGGGGACAGACAUCAACGGAAAGGCCGUGCAGAAUGCCUGCCAAAUUCUUAUGGCCCGUCUUCAGCCCAUCAUCAGGAAGAACCCUAAAGGAAAAUGGGAGGACUGG